AAUUAAUCAUAAUGGCAACAGUUUCUUGCAGGUUGUUUUCCUUUCUUUGUUGUCUCCUUUUCAUGAUCAUAUCUCAAACCAGCGCCCAGUCAAGUCCUCUAUCUCGCAUCUGCGUCAAUGAGAAAGGCAACUACACAGCCAAUAGCACAUAUCAGACCAACCUCAACACCCUUUUACCCAAUCUCACUUCCAACACAGAAAUCGACUAUGGUUUCUACAAUUUCUCAUAUGGCCAAAACAUUGACAAAGUAAACGCCAUUGGACUGUGCAGAGGAGAUGUUAAACCAGAUGCAUGCCGCAGUUGCCUCAACGAUUCCAGAGUCAGUCUCACACAGCUUUGUCCGAACCAGAAAGAGGCAUAUGUGUGGUUUGACAAGUGCAUGUUGCGCUACUCGAACCGCUCAAUAUUUGGCGUCGUGGAAACUUUACUUCCUUUAGAUUAUAUGUGGGACUUAAACAAUGCAACGGAUGUGGAUCAGUUCAAUCAAGUGCUGUUUAACUUGAUGAGGAAUCUAAAAGGCGCAGCUGCAUCAGGUGACUCUCGUCGUAAGUAUGCUGCGGAUAAUGCAACUGUUUCAACUUUUCAAACCAUAUAUGGUCUUGUGCAGUGCACGCCUGAUUUGUCAUGGGAAGCCUGCAAUGGCUGCUUGGAUGGGGCUAUCUCGGAAAUCCCAAAGUGUUGCAAUGCUAGAAGUGGUGUUAGAGUUAUUGCACCCAGUUGUAAUAUUAGAUACGAAACCUAUGGCUUUUACGAUCCCACACCUUCACCGUCCUCACAAGGUAAUUGUCAUGUUAGCAACACAUCACGAACUGCCAUCGUCAUAGCUGUGCCGGUUGUUGGUGUUGUUGUUUUGGUCCUAAGUUUUAUCUGCAUCUAUUUAAGAAUGAGGAAGCCAAGGAAAUAUUUUGAAAUUAAUGAUGAUGAAAUUAUAACCAAUGAGUCAUUGCAAUUCAACUUUGAUACCAUACGAGUUGCUACAAACGACUUCUCAGAUUCUAACAAACUUGGACAAGGUGGAUUUGGAGCUGUUUACAGGGGUAGGUUCUCUAAUGGACAAGUGAUUGCUGUCAAAAGGUUGUCAAGAGAUUCCGGCCAAGGAGAUACGGAAUUUAAGAAUGAAGUGCUUUUAUUGGCAAAGCUUCAGCACCGAAAUUUAGUUAGACUACUUGGUUACUGUCUGGAAGGAAGAGAAAGGCUACUUACCUAUGAAUUUGUUCCAAAUAAAAGCCUUGAUUACUUCAUAUUUGAUCCAACCAAGAAAGCACAAUUGAAUUGGGAAAGGCGCUACAAAAUCAUUGUAGGCAUUGCUCGAGGUCUUCUUUACCUUCAUCAAGAUUCACAACUACGCAUUAUACAUCGAGAUCUCAAAGCUAGCAACAUUCUCUUAGAUGAAGAGAUGAAUCCUAAGAUAUCAGAUUUUGGCUUGGCAAGACUGUUUGUUGUGGAUCAAACAGGAGGAAGUACAAGUAGAAUCGUUGGAACUUAUGGAUAUAUGGCACCAGAGUAUGCAAUGCAUGGACAAUUUUCAGUGAAAUCAGAUGUUUUUAGUUUUGGUGUACUGACUCUUGAGAUUGUUAGUGGCCAGAAAAAUAGCAGCCUUCACAACGGGGAGAGGGUAGAGGAUCUACUGAGCUUUGCAUGGAGAAACUGGAGGGAGGGGACCGCUACAAAUAUUGUAGAUCCAUCAUUAAACAACAGUUCGGAAAAUGAGAUGAUGAGAUGCAUCCACAUUGGUUUACUCUGUGUUCAAGAAAAUUUAGCUAACAGACCAACCAUGGCUGCUGUUACACUCAUACUUAAUAGCUAUUAUCAGACUCUCCCGGUACCUUCCGAACCUGCAUUUUAUAUGGACAGUAGAACUGGAAGCCUUCCACACGUGCAAUCUUGGGAGUAUAAUUCAAGGGCAACAAUAUCAACUGAAUCUGCAAAUGAAUCAGCUCAAGAAUUGGUUAAUGAGGCUUCAAUUACUGAGCUAGACCCUCGAUAGAUUUUGGUCACUGUGGUGAGAUUUAUAUGCUUUUUCGAUUCAAGUAAACAACAUAAAUCUUUAUAUUUUUAUUUCUAGUAUUUGAGAAUUGUGAUAUAUUCUACAGAGCUUGGGGGCAUGAGUGCAGUAGUGUAUAUAAGUGUAUGAGGUCCAUUCCAACAAAACACCAAGAAAGUAAUAGUCGGCAUGCCCUCAGCCACAUUGGUCUCAAUUAGGGGUGAUAAUAAGGCGAGGGGGCCGUCAGGGGCCUUGGGCCUGGCCUCCAUCGGCCUGGCCUGCAUUUAUAAGUUGUUGGGCUUAGAUCUGUACUCAUGUAAAAGUCCAAUUAGUUAAAAGGCUUCAGGUUGUAUAUGAAAAGCCCGGCCUUAAAGCCU